AGAAUGGCGUGUGGUGAGACAAUUUCAGAAUCUUUACUGGUGGCAGCUAUCGACUUUGGUACAACAUUUUCGGGAUAUGCAUUUGCUAUAAGAAAUGACUACAAAGUUGAUCCUACAAGAGUGUCUGGAAGCCAUUGGCAUACAGGUUCACAGCCAGGUCUUUCCCUUAAAACACCCACAUGUAUUUUGUUUAAUCAAAAUCAAGUAUUUGAGUCGUUCGGCGGGGAAGCAGAAGAUAAAUACACAGAGCUAGCACAAGAGGAAGAGCAUAUGGACUGGUUCUUCUUUAAAAGAUUUAAAAUGCAACUAUAUGACAAAAAGGAAAUAUCGAGGGAUUUUAUGUUGGAGGGUGAGAAUGGUUGUCUGAUGCCAGCAAUGAGAGUCUUUACAGAGAGCAUUAAAUUUCUCCGGAUGCACCUAGAGGAGCACAUUAGUAGUAAAACAGACGGUAUAAAGCCACAGGAAAUAGACUGGGUUCUAACGGUACCAGCUAUCUGGUCAGAUCCAGCCAAACAAUUUAUGAGGGAAGCUGCUAAUAAUGGAGGAAUUCCCAACAGUCGCCUGAUCUUGGCGUUAGAACCAGAAGCUGCAUCUAUCUAUUGUAAGAACUUACCUGUCGACAGAACGAUCAGUUCUGGUGGGAGAUCCACACUGGAUGCUUUUGCGGCUGGAACAAAAUAUCUUAUAUUGGACGCUGGAGGUGGUACAAUUGACAUCACUGUACAAGAAAUUAAACCAGACGGUAAUAUUAAACAGAUUUAUAUGGCGAAUGGAGGGGAUUGGGGUGGAGUCAAGGUCGACCAAGCCUUUGACGAAUUUAUGUUGGAUAUUGUCGGAAUGGAAACAAUGGACAAGUUCAGAAAUGAGGACAAAGCAGAAUAUUUGAGCUUAUGUAGGGAGUUCGAGGUGAAAAAGCGUGGCAUUCGUCCAGACAGUACAGCAAAAAUUACACUUCGAAUUCCGUUGAUUUUAAGUGAAAAAUUUCAGGAGGUAAAAGGUGUUUCUUUAAAAGAUUCUUUUAAAUCAAACAAAUCAAUGUCGUGGAUUGGUGAUAAAUUACGCGUUGAUCCUGACACUGCUAAAGAUUUCUAUAGUGAAACUUGCCGCCAAAUUACGCAGCACCUUAAUGGUAUAUUCCAAGAACCAGCAGUUGUUGACACUGAAAUAAUUUUGAUGGUGGGUGGCUUCUCAGAAUCGCAAAUGCUUCAGGAAGCAAUUAAGUCUGCAUACCAUAACAAAACUGUGAUAAUUCCCGAAGAAGCCGGACUUGCCGUGUUGAAGGGAGCUGUUCAAUUUGGAUUCAACCCUAAAGUUAUAAAUCCCCGAAUUAGUAGAUUCACGUAUGGCAUAAGUACAAACAAACGUUUCCGUCCCCAUACCGACCCGGAGGACAAGAAACAAAUCGUCAAUGAUAUCAUGUACUGUCGUGAUAGAUUCGGCAAGCAUGUCGAAAGAGGUCAGCCGAUAGAGGUAGGGGAGGUCACCGAUCAGAGAACUUAUAAUCCAUUAAAAGGUGAUCAGCGUAAAAUACGCCUCCCUAUUUAUGCGUCUCGUGCAGUGGAUCCAGAGUAUAUAGAUGAGACGGAAUGUUCUUACCUUGGCGAUCUUGAGGUAGAUAUGUCGGACAUUAGGGGAGGAUGUGAACGGGAGGUCGUGGUAGGGAUGAGAUUCGGAGGGACCGAUAUUGCCGUUGAAGCUGUGGUGAAAUCCACUGGGGAAAAAGUGGAUGCACGUUUCAACUUUCUGCGUUAAAAAAGUGGAUGCACGUUUCAACUUUCUGCGUUAACAGCCAUAUAUUUGACACUACUGCUUAUAAUUUCUAAUCUAUUAAGGAAAAUAAUUAAUAACCAAUUAUAUACUAUUCCUGUGUACAUGAUUUCCAUAGUCAACACGUUUUAGUUUUCAUACCAAUGUGCUUUUUUUGUAAUUUCGAAUUGUCUGAUUUUAAAGGAAGCUAAUCAUUGUAAAAUGUUGAAAACAAUUCAUGAGGCGAUUAGUGCACAUAGUAAUUUUAUGAGGCAUUCUUGUUUAUUAGUACAGGUGAUUUAAUAAGAUACAAUGUCAAAAUUAAACUCUAUCUUGUAA